UGAAAUUUGGAAGUGAGCCAAAGGUAGUUUUGCUCAUAAUAUAAAGCAGCAGGCUGUGAGGACAAAGCUCUACCGACGUCGAAUGAAAUAUCUUUUAAACUUUGAACUGUAAACAGAAAGUGGUGUAACUGCUGCUUUCGGCGCGUUGAAGGAAGGUCUUUCUCUGAAAUUAUAGAGAUGUUAGAAUGUGAAAUGUUUUGCCUUUGUGUAUCUAGAAGUUAAGCAAAAUGCUGAUGCUUUUAGGUUGUAGCUUGGUAUGUGUUAUGAUGCUUCUGCUUUAUUUGCAGGGCACAGAAUACUAUCUUGUGAAAUGGAAAGGAUGGCCAGAAUCUUCAAAUACUUGGGAACCUCAGAAAAAUCUGCAAUGCCCAUUGCUUCUUCAAAACUUUCUUAGUGACAAGAGUGAAUACUUGUCUCGGGUGAGAGAAGUCAAAGCACUGAAAGUGAGAAAUCACAUUAAAGCUUUGAAACCUGAGGUUGCAGAUUACAUUGUAAAGAAGGCUAAGCAAAGAAUAGCUCUGCGGAGGUGGAAGGAAGAACUCAACAGGAAAAAGAAUCAUAAAGCAAUGAUUCUGGUAGAAAAUACUGUGGAUCUUGAAGGCCCUCCUUUAGACUUCUACUACAUUAAUGAGUAUAAACCUGCACCAGGAAUAAAUGUAAUAAAUGGAAUAACGACUGGCUGUGAAUGCACUGACUGUCCUGCUGAGAAGUGCUGUCCAAAGGAGGCUGGAUUUAUUUUGGCUUACAAUAAACAAAAGAAGUUGAAAAUCCAGCCCGGCUUGCCCAUCUAUGAAUGCAAUUCGUUUUGUAGGUGUGGGCCUGACUGCCCUAAUAGGAUAGUACAGAAAGGCACACCGUAUUCUCUUUGCAUCUUCAGAACUAACAAUGGCCGUGGUUGGGGAGUAAAAACCCUCCAGAAAAUUAAAACCAACAGUUUUGUGAUGGAGUAUGUUGGAGAGGUGAUCACAAGUGAGGAAGCAGAGAGACGAGGCCAGCUCUAUGACAACCAGGGAAAUACAUACUUGUUUGAUUUGGACUAUGACUCAGAUGAAUUUACAGUAGAUGCAGCUCGAUACGGAAAUGUGUCCCACUUUGUGAAUCACAGUUGUGAUCCAAAUCUUCAAGUCUUCAAUGUGUUUAUUGAUAACCUCGACUUGCGUCUUCCUCGAAUAGCACUGUUUUCUACACGAACCAUCAAGGCUGGAGAAGAGCUGACCUUUGACUAUCAGAUGAAAGGUUCAAUAGAUCUGACUUCAGACUCUGCUGAUGGCCUUAGCCCAUCCAGAAAGAGGAUCAGAACUGUGUGUAAAUGCGGAGCUGUGUGUUGCAGAGGUUAUCUCAACUGAGUUCGGGUAUCCAAAGUCACAAAUACUUUGCUCUCUUUUAAACGUGUUUUAAAAAGACUCUUCUUUCACAUGUAUAUUCAAGUAUUCUUAUGUCUAAUGUAAAUAAGUACAGUGAAAACAAGGCAUUAUGUUUGUUAUUGAAAUGGCAUCGGCCAAAGAAAGAGUUGUAGUGUUUCAGGCAAAAACAAAACUAUUAACGGGGAUUAAAAUUGAUUUUUAUAGAACUGUUAUUUAGGAAGCAGUAAAACAUGUGCAAAGAGAACUGUUUAAAGUAUACCUUGGUUUGAAUAUUUGCGUGUGAGCUUACAGCCGUAGGCCUUUUAAGAACUGAUUUCAGUGGGAUGAAGUGAUGUUAUGUAUUUGCUAUACCUUGAAAAGUCUGGAGGCAUUUGAUUUGAAUCCUAAAUCAUAGCUGACAGUUCUUUUACUUUUUUUGUUGUAUGAAGAAAAACUUCAAGAGAUUAGCAAUAACGUUUAUGGCACCGGGGUGAAGGAUUAAGGACAGCCAUCAGCCUGUGUCUAAAUGAAGGUUCAUGGGAGUGCAAAUUGUAACAUGUCCAUUGAAAUCCAUGCGCAGAAAGCAACUGGCUUUAGCAGGUUCCAGAUGUAAGAUCAAGGUCUUGAACGUUUUUAGCUGAUGUUAUGUUAUUUAGAAAGUUUAAAAAUAGGUUUCUUUUUUUCAAUUGUUCUAUUCUGAUUUUUAGUUAGGAUGCUAUAGGAGGUCUGCAGUUCUACAGAGAAUUUGUAAAUACUGGAUUAUUGGUAGCAACACAGGCUGUUUGUUUUCAUUGCAGAAAUUUGGCAGUCAUUGCUGAAGCAAAUAAUGAUUAAGUUUUUACAUACUGUGACUUUUUUAUCUAGUGACAGACUUUAAAGAUACUAGGCCUGUUUUUUCUUGUUGCAAAUAUGUUAACUUCAGUGAAGUUAGACUAGGGGUGAGUUUACCCAUUUGCUGUAGACAUUUGUAAGAUGUUCUUGAAUGUAAAGGCUGAGAAACGUUCUUCAGCUGCUUGAGUCCUUUUUUUUUUUUUUUCCUGAUCAUCUUAAAGUUGUCUCGAUCUAUUCAUAAUGUGUGCAAAGUUUUGCUUGGCUUCAGAAGCGCUGAAGAGCAGUUGAGGUAGAUUAUGAGUGGAGUUACAGCCGAGGUCCGUGCUCCAGGGGUGACCUAAGUGCUUUAAUGUCACAGAUUAAAAGCCUGUAAAACUUGCAUAUUGCUUACAAAUCGUGUAAAUGUUGAUAGGGUCAGGCAGAACGUUGCUCCAUAAAUGGAUGCUUCAUAAAUGGAUGCUAGCUAUGUAUCAUAGGUCAGCUGGUUACCUUUAUAAGGUGCACAGCUGUUGGCUCAGGUGAAUGAAGUCAAGUACCCAGCAUAAACUGUUUACUUAAUUUGUUAGAAAAUGCCUUAAAUUUCAUGCUAACUACUCACACUCCAAGAAGAGUGUUUCAAAGGAUAAUACAGGUUGGCUGUUCAUUACGAAGCACAGUUGCAUUUGCACUGAAGAUCCGGCUCUUUGGCAGAAAGUGAAAUUUUAUAUGCUACUAGCCAAAAUCAGUUUCAUGGUUGGGGUGACAAGCAUGGGCCACUGAAAGUGCUGUGUGAGUUUUGUAACUGCAAUACAGAGAUACACGUUGAAAUAGAUACUUUAUAUUGUUUAAUGAAUAGGAGAAAGUUUGCUUAGAUUUAAAAGCAUUGACAUUACCAGGCUCACCUGUAUCCAUGCACUUGGAUAAAUGCUGAAUCUAGUCAAUUUUUAUCAUGCCACACCUCUAAUGAUUUUUUUUUUUUUUUUAAUAUAUAAAGUGGAAUGUGGCGCUCUAAGGUUAGCCGUUAGUUAGAGCAAACUCUAGAUACCUUACAUCAUUUGGAGUCAUUAGCGCUUUCUCUUGCAUGUAGCCCGAGUCGGCGAUGCAUUUCAUGUGGAGGGAAUCUGCAGUCUCCAGCUCCUUAGUCUGCCGCAGUCUGCAGCCUUCCCUGUCGGUACAGGAUGGCGAGAGUGGCUGCGGCAAGAAAUGGAUUCCUUGCCAAAUUGGUUUCUCUGGCCUCUCCCAUACGAGAUGACACAGGGCUGGUUCGACACUUUUUUUGUCAAUCUAUGUCCACGCCCAGUUUGAUUUAAAAAUUGCAAGUAAAUGCAUUUUAAAAGAUCCAGGUCUUAGAAGUUGUACUUGUGUUCAGUGUCUGCCUUUUUCCCAAGGCAGAGUAUGUUACCACCAGCAUCGGAAUAACACUGCUGUUCUGUAAGGAUCUGUGCGUUACCUCUUGUGCAACGAAUAAAGGACCGCUAAUUUAUGUUCUGGGAGGUAACAGUAUUUUGUAUUUAUUUGAAGUAAACCCAUGUAUCCAGUUCCCAAUUUAAAGCCUUGAACAGUAUUUUAUAUUUAUGUAUUCACUGCGCAUUUGGAUUGCAGUCAGCAAAUUAGCUGCAUGGGUCACUGUGUCACUUUUUAAACUCCUUUUGCUGUUUUUAUGAGUUUAGAGGAAAACUGCCACAUUGGAAAAGGAGAAGCUAUUUCCAAUUUCUUAAGGAGCCUAAACCAGCCUAGCUUCUGCCUUUGUUUUGCUUUGUGGUCUGUUAGCAUCAUCAUGGCCACCAGUUCAUUUGUGUACGUGCAUUUCUUAGAGACUGGUAACCUUUUGUUGGGGUUUUUUUCAGCAAGAAAAAAAGCUGCAAGAUCACGUGUAAGAAAAGCUUGUCUAGUUAUUUAAUCUCAAAGUUAAGUCAAUCUUUUGGUUAUUUCUAAUGUAUGUUUUAGGACUAUGUACAUUAGAAUAUGCAGUUUGUAAGCUCAGGAACAUUUUCUUUUCAUAAUGUGUGAUCUCUAGGAUUGCUAUCUUCCUAUAGUUUUUGAUAAAAUAAAUUAAAUUUAGUUUU